UCACUCACCCAUACAGGGAAGGUGUCCAGUCUCUGUCCCCAGGCAUGGCUUCAGGAACUUCAGCCCCCAGCUUCAGAGCUGAGCAGCCUCUGGGGGGUGUGGCUGCCCGGUUCCCACAGAGCUGGCUGAGAUUCCAUGCAGCCUUGGACAACAUGGCCUCAUACUCCCACAUAUUCCCAGCCCUGCCUUCCUCUGUGGUCCAUAAAGGCUGUUCCGCAGGCAGCCAGGCUCAACCACUGUUCCUCUCCUCUCGAGUCCUCCCCAGCAGCCUCCCCAGGAGUCCUGUAGCCAUGGCACAGCUACUACUACUCACUGUGGCUCUCCUGGUCCUGGGUCAUGUGCCACCAGGGAGGACGGAGUUCAAACGGUGCUGGAAGGGCCAAGGGGCCUGCCGAACCUACUGCACGAGGCAGGAGUCCUUCAUGCACCUGUGCCCAGACGCGUCCCUGUGCUGUCUCGCCUACGCGCUCAAACCGCUGCCACAUCCCAAGCCUAACCACACCUAGCGGCUCCAGGCACUGCCACCUUUGCUGUCCAAUAAAUCAUACUCGGCCAGCUC